AUGAAGACUCACUGGGAACUUCAGGAUACAGACGCAACUACGGAUAACAGUGACGACGACGACGACGAUGAUCUGGGGUACCCAAGGGCCGCCAAAGCGCCCGUAAAGCGACGUAUUUCCGCACAACUCCCUAAUGACAAGCCACCAAAACGACAUAAGCCCUCAUCGGAAUCUCCCAUAACUCCUACGAGGGAAGAAGGUGCCAUCGAUUUGUCUAAUGUCGCAAGUGAAGCAACCGACGAUGAGUUUAACAAUGGCGAAGCCGUAUACAAGGAGUUUAAGAACCGCAAGACCGUCCAGCGGAAAAGGUCGGCUGCACAAAUGCGCAGACGCCGGAAAGUCCAACAGGAUAUCAUCGUUGGCAGACGUGAUCCCAGAGCUGAAAGUAAACCAAGACGCUUACCACGGGAAUACGGUGAUACUACUUCUGACGAGGAUUUGAUGGAAGAUACUCUACCGGAUUACUUGAAAAGACGACGAGGACUUUUUGACAAAAAAAGAGAAAAACUUCUGGAAGCUGGAUUAAAGCUCCCGCCCAAUUUCGAUAAUGUGGAAUUUUCAGACAACGAGCAGCUAGAUUCGUUGAUAGAGAAACCCUGCUUUUCGCAUGUGAAGCCUUCACGCAAGUAUGAGGAUAUCCAGUUACCGUAUUCUUUGGGUUUGGUACCCGCGCCAAUCGCACAGUGGCUUCGUGAUUAUCAAGUUGACGGUGUUGGUUUUCUUCAUGAGUUAUUCGUUUAUCAGAAAGGCGGCAUUCUUGGUGAUGACAUGGGCCUAGGCAAGACAGUCCAAGUCAUUGCAUUUCUUACUGCUGCAUAUGGUAAAACUGGUGAUGAAAGAGAUGCGAAACGAAUGCGGAAGAUGAGAAGAAAAGGAGAAUCUACCUGGUACCCACGGACCUUGAUUAUAUGCCCCGGAACACUUAUCCAAAACUGGCGAGAUGAGCUUGACCGAUGGGGCUGGUGGCAUGUGGAUGUGUAUCAUGGAGAAUCCAAGGAUGCCGCUCUCAAAUCUGCAGCGUCCGGGAGGGUAGAAAUUCUAAUCACAACAUACACCACUUACCGCUUGAAUCGAAGUGCCAUCAACAUGGUAGAAUGGGAUUGCGUGAUUGCGGAUGAAUGUCACACUAUAAAGGAGCGAAAAUCAGAAACUGCAAAGGCUAUGAAUGAACUCAAUGCGCUAUGUAGGAUUGGACUAACAGGGACUGCCAUCCAGAAUAAGUAUGAAGAAUUAUGGACUUUACUUAAUUGGACAAACCCUGGACAAUUUGGUCCCGUAUCUACCUGGAAAUCUACGAUUUGCGAACCACUGAAAGUCGGACAGUCUCAUGAUGCCACCGUUUACCAGCUGAGCAGAGCAAGAAAAACUGCGCGGAAGUUGGUAAAAAACCUUCUACCAGCUUUCUUCCUAAGGCGCAUGAAGUCCCUUAUCGCGGACCAACUACCAAAGAAGAGUGACCGGGUUGUCUUUUGUCCUCUCACAGAAACACAGUCAGAUGCCUAUGAGAACUUUCUGGAUAGCGAUAUAAUUGACUAUAUCAAGAAUUCCUCCGACCAUUGUAGCUGUGGAUCAGGCAAAAAGGCGGGGUGGUGUUGCCGGAUGUUUUUACCCCAAGGAGGCAAAUGGCAGAGCUAUGUCUUUCCUGCUAUCUCAAACCUGCAGAAGCUUAGCAACCACCUUGCCAUUCUAAUUCCACAACCCAUGGAUCCAAAAGAUAAACAGGCAAAAGAUUUGGAGAUGUUACAAAUCGCUGUUCCGGACCAGUGGAGGGAGCUAUACCGUACACGAGGUUCGAUUAUCAAUUACUCAAACCCGGAAUUCUGUGGAAAGUGGAAAGUCUUGAAGAAGCUUCUUAAAUGGUGGCAUACGAAUGGUGAUAAAGUUCUCAUCUUCUCUCAUAAUGUUCGGUUACUUAAAAUGCUACAGAUGCUCUUUAACCACACAAGUUACAACGUGAGCUACUUGGAUGGCGCAAUGAGCUAUGAAGAGAGGGCAAAUGUUGUCAACUCUUUCAACUCAGAUCCGCGGCAGUUUGUUUUCCUCAUAUCCACAAAAGCAGGUGGUGUAGGGCUAAACAUCACCUCGGCGAACAAAGUUGUCGUCGUUGACCCUAAUUGGAAUCCUUCUUAUGAUCUUCAGGCACAAGACCGGGCAUAUCGGAUUGGCCAACUUAGGGAUGUGGAAGUGUUUAGACUAGUGUCUGCAGGCACCAUUGAGGAGAUAGUAUAUGCCCGUCAAAUAUAUAAGCAGCAACAGGCAAACAUUGGCUACAGUGCUAGCACCGAACGACGGUAUUUUAGAGGUGUUCAAGAAAAGAAAGAUCAAAAGGGAGAAAUCUUUGGCUUGGCUAAUCUUUUUGAAUACCAAAAUAAUAACGUGGUCUUGAGAGACAUUGUGAAUAAAACCAACAUAGCAGAAAGCAAAGCUGGCGUGCAAGUUAUUGAUUUUGAAAUGGAGGCAGAGCGGAGCCAAAACAAUUGCGAUGAAGAAGAUGAAAAGCGUUAUCCCUUUACAGCAGAUGAAAAUGACGAUGUUGCAAUGAGUCAGCUGGCAGCGUUAGUUCGUGGUGAAGGGAUAGGUGAUGAUAACAAAAAGGCUGCACAAACUCUUAAGCAUGACCCUAUCCAGGCUAUUCUCGCAGGGGCAGGUGUGGAAUAUACACAUGAGAACACGGAGGUUAUUGGCUCUUCCAAAGUUGAAGCUCAGCUCAGCCGUCGUGCAGAGCUGGUCAAUGACGGCGAAGAAAUUGGUGAAGAGCAAGUCUUUAGACCGGAGUCAAGAGACGGAAAACCUUCUAGCAUUGUUGUCCGUGGCAGGAAUGGGAAAUCGGCUAGAUUCAAAUAUCAUCCUCCUCGGGAAGUUAUGAAACGCCAGUUCUGUAGUAUGGCCGCUCGCUACGGAUUCCGCGAUGUGACAGAAUUUGCACUUACUGUCGAAGGUUUGACCCCGGCACAGCGAAGAACAUGGUUGGAAAAGUGGUAUAAGGAACGGAGGGACAAAUUGCUUAGUGGUCGGAGCCCCGAAAAGACCCCAUGA